GUCCGCAUCUACUACAACCGUGCUCGCGGUCCGCUGCCCCCCACCCGCCGGCUCCAGGUCAAGGCAGGGUUUAAUAAGUGGGAGGAGAUUGUGCAAUUCGACAUGGAGCCAGGACAGGGCCUGCCGUGGUACGGCGCCUGGGUGGACGUGCCGUACAGCGCGGCCGUACUAAACUAUGUGUUUUCCGACCGCGAUCAGCGCAACUGGGACAACAACGGCACGCGGGACUACCACACAUUGGUGGCGGGUGAGGAGAAAGGGAGACAUGUGUUUUUAGCUCAGGGGCUGGUGGAGAUGCUGCACGCGGCCAUGAAGAGGGACUCCGCGGACAGCGACAAGGAGGUGGAGGACCGGGCGGCGCUGAGGGCGGUGCGGAAGGUGGAGGCAAAGGGUCUCACCAUGCGCAAGCGGCGGGAGGUGCUCCACGAGUUCCUAUACACCGUGCCGCUGUCCCCGCGCGCGGGUCAGACCGUGGAUGUGUUUUACCGGCCCGAGGCGACCAUGCUGCGGGGCCGCCCGGAGAUCUGGCUGCGGGCUGCCUGGAACCGGCUGGGGGCGGCCGCGUGUAACGCCGCGGGCGGGCCGCUGCGGCCCCUGACGGCCCGGUUGGAUCCGUGUCUGCCCGGGGGCUUGGGCUUCUAUAAGGCCACCGUGCAGGUCCCCGCUGAGGCCUGGGGUAUGGAUCUGUCCUUCAGCGACACGGACUCCACCAGCGGGGGCUUCGUGGACGAUAACGGGGGACUGGAUUACCACGUCCCCGUGGAGGGCGCAGUUACUCCGCGUCGUUCCCUGAGUAUCGUACACGUGGCUGUGGAGAUGGCGCCCAUUGCCAAGGUUGGCGGUAUGGGUGACGUGGUUACGGCACUUGGACGAGCAGUUCAGGAGCAGGGCCACGACGUGUCGGUCAUCGUUCCAAAGUACGACUGCAUCAACUACAACUUGGUGGACAACCUGGUUCAGGAGAGCGGCUUCAGCUGGGGGGGUACCUUCGUCCGCGUGUGGAAGGGCGCCGUGGAGGGUCUGACCACCACCUUCUUGGAGCCCGAGAACGGCAUGUUCUGGGUGGGAUGCAUAUACGGACGAAACAACGACGCACAAAGGUUCGGGUUCUUCUGCGGCGCCGCGCUGCAGUACCUCAAGAACACGGGCCGCCAGUACGACAUCCUGCACUGCCACGACUGGCAAUCUGCGCCCAUCGCCUGGGGCGACCGGGGCGCCGCGAAGGCCGUAUUCACCAUACACAACCUGUCGUACGGAGCUGACCUCAUCGGCCGAGCUAUGCAGGCCUGCAAUGUGGCGACCACCGUAUCACCCACGUACGCGCGAGAGAUUGCGGGCCACCCGUCCGUGGCUUCGCACCUGAACAAAUUGUACGGCGUCCUAAACGGCAUCGACCAGGACAUCUGGGACCCCUCCGAGGACCCCUGCCUGCCCAUGCACUUCUCCGCUGAGAAUGUGGCGGCCGGCAAGGAGGCGGCGAGGAGGCUGCUGAGGCAGCGACUCAACCUGGCCCAGGCGGAUGUGCCCGUGGUGGGCUGCGUCACCCGACUGGUGGCGCAAAAGGGUAUUCACCUGAUCAAGCACGCCGCCUGGCGUACGUUGGAGCGUGGAGGGCAGUUUGUGUUGCUGGGGUCAGCACCGGACGGCCGCGUGCAGGGUGAGUUCAACCAGCUCCGAGAGCAGCUGGCCCAAGCCUACCCCGACCGAGCUGCAUUGGUGUUCACGUACGACGAGCCGCUGAGUCACCUCAUCUACGCGGGAUCCGAUCUGUUCCUGGUGCCGUCCAUGUUCGAGCCGUGCGGCCUCACGCAGAUGAUUGCCAUGCGGUACGGCACCAUCCCCGUUGUACGGAAGACAGGUGGCCUAGUGGAUACUGUGUACGACAUGGACCACGACGAGGACCGUGCCCGUGCCAAAGGCAUGGAGACCAACGGCUUCAGUUUCGAAGGCACCGACUUCGCGGGUAUGGACUACGCACUGAACCGCGCUUUGUCCUGCUGGUACUCGGACAAGCCGCUGUGGCACAGCCUGCGCCGGCGGGCGAUGCAGCAGGACUGGAGCUGGAAUAGCCCCGCACUGGACUACCUAGAGCUGUACUACAAGGCGCUUAAGUCGUAA